GCAGUGCGCAGGCGUACGGACACGCCGCAGCACGGCCGGUGGGAUACAUUGCGCAGGCGCAGGCGCGCCCGCCGGCUUGGUCCCUAUGGAGCUUCCGUAGCGGUGCUGGCGCGGCGGGGAGCGUCCGGGAUGAGCGCGGCCGAGGCCGACCGCUGGGCGUGGCUGCUGGUGCUCUGUUUCGUAUUUGGGUGCAAUGUCCUGCGGAUCCUCCUUCCGUCCUUGUCCUCCUUCAUGUCCAGGGUGCUGCAGAAGGAUGCAGAGCAGGAGUCGCAGAUGAGGGCAGAGAUCCAGGAUAUGAAGCAAGAGCUCUCCACGGUCAACAUGAUGGACGAGUUUGCCAGAUACGCCAGGCUGGAAAGGAAGAUCAACAAGAUGACGGACAAGCUCAAGACUCAUGUGAAAGCACGGACAGCUCAACUAGCCAAGAUAAAAUGGGUGAUGAGUGUUGCUUUCUACAUAUUGCAAGCAGCCUUGAUGAUCUCGCUCAUUUGGAAGUAUUAUUCUGUCCCUGUGGCUGUUGUGCCGAGUAAAUGGAUAACACCGCUAGACCGCCUGGUAGCCUUCCCUACCAGAGUAGCAGGUGGUGUUGGAAUUACCUGUUGGAUUUUAGUUUGUAACAAGGUUGUGGCGAUUGUACUUCACCCUUUCAGCUGAAGAGGAGAUGAACACUGCUGGGGGACUGUUUUGUUGUCCUGGAAAUCGAACUCAGGGCUCCUUACCACUGAGCCCCAACUCCAGCCUUUUUUAUUUUUAAUUUUGAGACAGGGUCUCGCUAAGUUGCCCAGACUGACCUCAAAYUUCUGCCUCUGCCUUCCCVAGUUGCUGGGAUUACAAGUGUGCCCCACCACACCUGGCCUAGCUGUAUGACUUGCAAAAAUAGUUCUCUUAUUAGGUUAAAAGUCUGAUUGCCACUUAAAAAAACAAAAACAACAACAAAAAAACCCCCCCAGAGUACACAGGGUAGUUUUUUUGUUGAAUAUGUUCUUGGGCUUUUGGUGAGAUUCUUGUGAGAAUUCCAGUGUUCUGCAGUUGGGGACGUGUGCAUCAACCACCUAACGCUGGCUUUAAAACACUGAUUUGGUCUUUUGGCACAUUAUUUUGUUGCCAACUUGAAAGUCAAAAUUUUCUAACAAUUUAAGUACUUUUUAAUCCAGUUUAGAAAGUAGCUUAAUCUUAUCACUACUAGAACUUGAACAUUUUGUUUUUUUUGCCUCAUGUAGUAUAACUGAAAGAAUAACACUAAUUGACAUUGCUUGUUCUUUUUCUAUGUCUAAAUGUUGUUUGUUGGAUAAACAUUUGCAUAGUGUAUAUUAUCUACUUAUUUGGAGCUGUUAGUUUUCAUUACAGUGCUUUAUAAAUGUACUGAUGAGACCAUAAUGAAUUGUUUUGUAUUUAAGCAUUUCAAAUUAAGUAUGUUUUGUAAGCAUUUAAUAUUUAUGCUUAGUAGAAUGGAACAAAGUUAAAACACAAAGUAGGGAGUCUGAUUGAAUUAAUCUGAACCUGAUACUUGUUUGACCUCUAAAGUAUAAUUCUGCUAAAUCUAUUUUUUGAGGCACAUUUUCUAAUUAAAAUAUUUGCAAGUGCUGGCGUUACUUACUUCCUUGUCACCACUUACUUGCUGUAAACGAUUUGUAACUGACAAGUGGUGAGAGGCUUGGCUGUUAACUUGGUGUGUAACCAUAGCACAGUACAGCUAAAUUCUGUCACUGGUUUUCAAAAGAUCAUAUUCUUUUUUAGUGGGGUGGGUACUGGGGAUUGAACUCAGGGGCACUUGACCACUGACCACAUCC